GUUUGAUUCGGAAUGAUCCACUCUGAUACUACGGACUAUGCCUGAGGUAGAAACGCCUUGUCCCGAAACACGAGGGCUUCUUUGUAUCCUCAAAUGGUGAAUACAAGCAGCGGUCAGUAUCAUUGGUCAAUGGUCUACGUGAAGCGCUGGGCACCUUGUUUUGGCGGCAGUUUGGUUUACGAAUGGGGCGGGAGAGGCGAUCAUCAUCGUCACGGUUUAGAAACAGCUGAAUCGAGCCGGUGGCUGUGCUCAGCUUUAUGCGUUUGAGUUCAUCAAAGGCCAGCGACAUUGGCGUCCGUCGAGAUUGGAAGUCAGGCUUGAUUUCCAGUGUGCACGGUCUCGUGAUGAACGACAAGCGGCACGUCAACCCAAUCGGAGCCUGGCCUACAGUACCCACUUUAUCAGCGCCGCAUGCGCCUGUUGCAGAAACUCAAGCCUCAAGGCAUUUCGGGUUUCUCUUCUGUCUGAGGUAUCUGCGAAGCGUUGCCUGGAAAAGUCAGGGGUUUCCCUUUUUGGAUGGUGGGGUUGAACCGCGGAGAGGCGACCCAAACACCAAUGGUCGCAGAACGCCCAACAGCGUCGGAACUUUGUAUCAACCAUACUUCUACAACGACGAAGCCCUGGCAUAUUCUCAUGCGUUCUCUUUCUUUUGUAAGCCUCAGACGCCGUGUGCCCGGGUCGCUGCUUCCGGGUUUCUCAUCGAUACCACCUUCUCAUGUCGCGUGUGUGUAAGAUACAAUAUAAUGUGCUGAUGCUCUAGUUCUCUAGUGUUUUCGAUGGCUUGGCAAGCGUCCCAACCAUGCGAUCCGAUGGCAACUACGUAUGUCAAGCAGAUGAUGAGUGGCAAAAAGUUCGCUGAAGUAUGA